AUGCUCACUCACGCCCUCGCUCUCGCCGUCGCCUCUCUGCCCAUCCUUGCUGCUGCCACCCCCGUCGAGCUCGAGGCCCGCCAGUCGUGCUCCACUGGGGAGAUUCAAUGCUGCGAGUCCACUGAGACCGUAAGCAUUAGCCGACUCUGCACUGCUCUUUUGGGCUUGCUUGGUGUCGUUGUUCAAGACCUGAACGUUCUCCUCGGUGUCAACUGCUCCCCGAUCACUGUGAUCGGCGUGGGCAGCAGCGGCAGCUGCUCCGCUUCGACCGUGUGCUGCGACGACAACAGUCACGGGGAGCUCGUCUCCAUCGGCUGCGUCCCUGUUAGCCUCUAA